UGGUGCACGGUGGGCGUGCCCAGGGCGCUGAUGUAAACACAAAAUACGCCUCAUCCCCCCGGUCGGAUAAAUCACAGUGGACUGGAUCGGCGAGAUUAACCCAAAUAGCCGUCGUUGGUCCGCGACAACGCUCCUUGUCUGUCGCGUGUAAUAUGCGUUAAAUCGCAGACAGGCGACGCCAUGGACUUCUACAUCAACCUGAAGGUGAAUUUCAGGGGAAAUUCCAAGAAUUUCCUCCUGUCGGGAUCUGAGACCAAGAGCUGGGAGUCGAUGGAGGCCAUGGUGAAGCGUUCCUUUGGCCUGUGCAGCCUUCAGCUGACCUAUUUUGACGAGGAGAACGAGGAGGUGUCCAUCAACAGUCAGGUGGAGUAUGAGGAGGCAUUGAAGAGUGCAGCGAGGCAGGGAAACCGACUGCACAUGAACGUGUAUGAGACUCGAGGUCAGUCCACGAGGGUCCCCGCCACCAAGGCCAGUGGAGCAGAGCCCAAGCGGGGCUUCAGACCCCCACAGCACUGCCCCACCUUGGCCCAGGUAGUCAGCCGCAAGGUCCAGGCUGCAGUGCCAGAACAGGGCAUGGUUAUCCUGAAAGAAGUGAAAGGCACCAAAGAAGAAGACAAGACUCCUCCAGCGUGGUUCACCUCCUACAUGGAGAAGUUUAAGGACCAGGUGGUUCGGGAGGCGGUGGAGAAGAUCUGCAGGGAGUUCUCUGGACAGUGCUGCAUCCACAAGCCCCUGGGAGUGGGAGGGGCAGCAAGUGGAGCAGGGGGAAGUAGAGGGGAAGCAGUAGCUGGGGCAGAGGCACAGCAGGUUCCUGAGGUGUCGUCCACCCUGCCUGGAGCGCCAUCCUCCUCCACUCCUCCCUGCUCCUCCUGCAGGGGACAGACCACUGGAGGAGGCUACCAGUGCAGUGUGUGUACGUCCUGUACUCUGUGCGAACCCUGCAGUUUCUCUCAUGAUCCCAGUCACAACCUGGUGAGAGCGAGGACUCCUCUGUCCAUCCCGGAACACGGAUCACCUGCCCCUGACCACAGCAAGUUCUACAGGCGAGGUGACCGCAGUUUCCGCAAGGCGGAGAAGCAGCGGCUCAAAGCAGAGAAACGCCUGCUUAAAGCUGAGGUCAAAGAGAUCCGCAAACAGCUGAGGAUGGAGAGGCGGGGCAUACAGUGGAGCUCUUCCCACAGAGAUGGAAGCUCCUCCCCCGUCCUUCUGCAGCCUCGAGCCACCCAGCACAACAGCCCAGAGCGUCCAAAGCGUCCCUGUCCGCUGGUGGUUCCAACCAUGACUGCUGCAUUUCUGGACGAGAACCUUCCUGAUGGAACCCGACUGCGUCCUGGGACUAAGUUUAUUAAGUACUGGAAGAUGAGGAACACUGGGACUAUCAGCUGGAGUGCUGAUACUAAGUUGAAGUUCAUGUGGGGGAACCUAGCGGUGGGAUCUGGGGACCGUUGGAGAGAAGUGUCUGUUCCCUUCCUUCAGCCAGGACAGGUCGGGAUAGUGAGCGUGGCUCUGUGUGCUCCUUCUGUGGAGGGCUCCUACACCUCCCACUGGCGCCUGGCCCACGCUGGGGAGCAGUUUGGACCGAGGGUGUGGUGCAGUAUUGUGGUCGACCCUCUGGCCCCUGCACCCAUGAUGGCUGAUGGGAUACUGGUGUCACCCUGUGUCACACCACAGGGUAAAAACCCAGUGGCCAAGGAUGGAAAAGCCUGUGCAGCUUCUAGAGAGCAGCCUCUAAUGUCAGUGGACCAGGAAGAGUACUUCAUCCCCUCUGUAGACCUGCUCACUGCGCAGGAUCUUCUCUCCUUUGAGCUGCUAGACAUCAACAUCGUUCAAGAGUUGGAGAGUGUCCCAAACAACACCCCUGCUGACAUGACUCCCUGCAUAUCCCCUCUGCCUCAAGAUGGCCACCUGCAGGACAAGAGCAGUCCAUCUUUGGGUCUGAUCCAGGAAGAGGCAGAGGUCAUCAACAGCAUCAUGGAUGUCCCCCAUGGGGCAGGAUCUGGAGCUGAGGGGGGCGGAGUCCCGGCUCAGGAGGAGGGGGAGGAUGAUAUCAGUGGCUCUCAGUUUGUUUGUGAAACUGUGAUUCGCUCGAUGACCCUGGAGGAGGCCCCCGACCACGCCCCUCUGAGAGGGUCCCGACCAGGGACAGUGGCACGUCCAGCUGCUCAGGGUGGCUCUUCCUCCUCCUCCUCUUCCUCCUCCUGCAUGAACAGCAAAUCACUGAAAACAGAGGAGACUCCAGACAGUAACCCCAGCAGUUCCAACAACACCCUGAAACCACCUGCUACGCUGAAGGCUUCCCUCCCUUCCCCGCUGAAAGCAUCCCUACCUGCUCCCACGUCUGUGGCUCUGACCCCGGGGCCAGGCCCCAACUCGGCACCAACCCUGCUUCCUGCUUCAGCCAGGGCCUCCACAGCCACAGAUGAGGUUGAAGAGUCCCACAUGGAGAGCAUCUGUGUCAAGCCCAGGGUGAAGGAGAGGGAGAAGGAGCCAGGGGAGGAGAAGGUGAAUGAAGGAGGGGAGAAGGGAGAAGAGAGAAGAAGUCGCUCCUCCUCCACCUCUUCAGAGGAUUACAUCAUCAUCCUCCCUGAUUGCUUCGACACCAGCCGACCACUGGGGGAGUCCAUGUACAGCUCUGCUCUGUCCCAGCCUGGUGACAUCUCAGCCCAAACCCCCACAGACCUUGAUACUCCGACUUCUGACCUUACUGACCACCCAGGCAGUACUGCUGAGGACGGGGGAGUAGCUGAGGCAAAUGAAGCUUCAGGGACAGAGUUGUCGGGCACCAGCAGUGCCAACGACAUGCUUUGUACAUCUCAAACGCUGGAUGAUGAGCCACUGACACCUGAAGUGGUGGCCCCACCUAAAGCCAUCGUCACACCAAGUCCAGAGAGCAGUGGAGAAACAGAUGCUGACACUGCUGCUGCUACUGCUGCUGCUGGGGAAGGAGCCGAGGGUUCUGAAUUGUACCAAACUGAGGAUGCCUCUGGUUCUGAACAGACUCAGACAGAUGACACUGGAGAUACUGAGGGCACAGAAGACAACCCUGAGGACCCCAGGCACCCAGGCAUCACCAGCGGCCUGGUGAAGGGAGCUCUGUCAGUAGCUGCUUCUGCUUACAAAGCUCUGUUCACUGGACAAGGCCCCACACAGCCUCCAGUGGACGCGUCCACCCAGGACACCAUGAUGGCCGUGCUGGUGGAGAUGGGCUUUGGGGACCGGUCACUGAACCAGCGGCUGCUGAAGAAACACAACUACAACCUGCUGGACGUGGUUAACGAGCUUGUUCAGAUGACCGACAAUGACUGGUACUCCACACGCUACUGACAAAAGAGACGAAGAUGUGCAGGAAGAAGGAGAUGGAGAUGAAACAUAAGUAAUGAUGAAUGAAGAAAGAGGAAGAAAGAUGAGAAGAAAGAAAAUCCAUAUCUGCUCAUCUAACUUUUUACCUUCAGCUUUCAGCCUAUCUCUCUUCUAACUGGUCCAGUUAAAUGGAGAGCAAUCUUGUCUUUAUAACAACAUACGGGGAAACAUUCCAGCAAGCAUCUCUGCAAUCCUGCAUUAGAUCAUCAAUUACCCACUGUCCGUGGUAUUAUUGUCAGUGUAGGCCUUUAUAGUGGAAGGGUGGUUCCUCUGCUGACCAAUCUAAUUGAGCUAUGUGUAGCAUAAUCUUUUGAUUGAAGCAAGUAAAGAAGUGGGUUUUAACUUCACAAAGCUAGCAAACAUGACGUUGUGUUAGGUUCCAAAACUAACCAGGUCCAACAAUCACAUUUAAUGUGACAUUGAGGUAAAUUCACCAACAUCAAUAUAAAAACGAUGGUAAUUAUUUGUUAGUAUUGAAAAGUCACACACACCACCUUUCUACUGUCCUCUUUUGCCCAGGACUGUGAUAAAGUACAUAUAUCAAGUAUUGCAUCCGCACUAAGAACAAUAGUCACUUUUGUCAGAGAAUGUGUACACAUGCUAGUCAGUCAUAGAAUGAAAAUCCACAUUAAGUUUAUUGUUUACUGUAUAUCAAACUGCAUAAAGUCUUAAUAUAAUUGCUUUUAUCAAGGCAUCCUGGGUGCUUGAUGGUUCCACUUGAGCGUCUGUCGUUUGUCCCUGAUCAGCUGCCCUAACCUGAUGGGCAUCGACAUAGUUACACAAAAAUCCAGUCCCACCAGAGUGUGGCUCACUUUUCUGCACAUCCUUGUAAAAAAUGUGUUAGUCACUGUUCAAAGGGAUUUUUAAUAAACUACUGUAGCUGGUAAACUAAUGGCUAAUGCUUUCACAACAACCCUCCUAGUUAAUGGGAAUAACAAAUAUAUUUCAAAACUCAAAUAUGUGGACUCACGUUAAAGCUACACAAAAUUUUAUUUGACACAAACAAUCUGACUAUAAGCAAAUCCAACGAUUACAUUUGCUCCAUAAAAAAAUAUUGAUUUCACUGCGGAAAUCAGAAGUUUUGAAUGCUGGUGUGAUUGGGUGGGAAGGUUUUAGGCUUGGAUCUGGUUCAGGUUUGGUCAUUGUCAAAUGUAAUUUAUUAGAAACUGUCUGUCUCACUGUGACGUCAUUUGCAUCCGUGCAUCGUGUGUUACAUGUUUUAGGCAGAUACAGAAUGCCCAUAGAGGUGGAGUAUGGUCACUGCCUUGCAUAAGCCAGGCAAACCAAUGGUUAGUAAUAGUUCAAAUAAGCAAAAAUUUAGCUAUUGUGCUUGGCUAGAUUCACUAGGUUUCAGAGACGUGGACAUGCAGAUGAUUUCUGUCUCUUAUUUCUCACACACUGGAAGAUGAUGUAAAUUUGUCAUUAGUCAGCAGAGACUACUAUACUGUUUAUACAUAAGCAUAGAUUCAUUUUAAUAUAUCUGGUUUUAUUUGGCUGUUUAUCAAUGUUGCAAGUUAAGAAAGCAGGACUGCUUGGUUAUAACCUUAUCGCAUAUGAACAAUGCCAAGAAGCAAUUGCUGUAUGUCAUGAGCCCCGGAGCUUGGUACAAGGUGAUUAUCUGUUCUCAUGUAGGUUCAAGUUAUCUUAGAUUGUGGCUGCUUUUUUAUUUAUAUUAUUUUUGUUUUGUACAUUUUGUCAACAUCACUAAAGAGUAUAUAGGGAUGUAACGCACCUAUUACUGGACUAUAUGCAUAACCUGCUGUAUGAGUAGAUGACCACUGAAAGCAGAAGAACAUUCCCCCAAUGUGACUUUAGAGUAUUUGCACUUAAAACUUAAAGGACACAGGGACCAUUCAUUAUACGUACAACUAACUUUUUCCUCCAACUGACUUUCCCUUCUAUCACACAUUGUUGUCUUGACAGUCAAGCCUCUUCCCUGAGUUAGUUUGUUAUUCUGAACAUGUUGGCUGUUUCUCACAGUAAGGAUUUUCUCUUCUGCUCAGAGCGAAGGUCUCAGAAUGCUUCAAAUGAACUGGUUCAUUCAAGUCAUCUGAUGCAAGCGUUUCUACCUGCUCGGAGAGGCCACACUCAAUGGUGGGGUAUUAGUGUCUUACACUUUUGGACAGUCACCCCUUUGAAUCAUUCCUGGUGUUCAGCCCAAUUGUUUAUACAAAAAGGUUGUGUAAAGAAUGAAAAAAACAAAUUGUGCAAAUUAACCUCUAUAUCUUGCUCUUGCCAUAAUUCUCACACUAUUUUGUUAAGUCACAAAAUUUGUCACAUUCACAAUUUUGCCAUAGGAAAGGGCGUUAUAGACAGUUUGUUUGGUUUGCUUAUAGGCAGGUGUGAGAGACAUUAACAAGCUCUGGCACAGACUUAACACAUCAUUGUGAUUUCAUAAUAGAUAAGGGUUCUCAGCAUGAAGCAAAUAGUUUGAUUUCCAUGGCAACACAGAUGCAUGCCAGGAUGGGUGUUUGUGUAUCAGAUCAAAAAAUGAAAAGAAAUCAGACAGAAAUGUGUUGAGUUCAUGCCCCCAUCAAUGUACUUUUAAGUAGGCGACAUGUAGCGACUGUAACAUUGUGGUAAAAGGUGCCUCUUUUAGUGUACAUCCUAUUUCUAGCUGUUCAUCGCCAUUUAGAUGGAUCCCGCGGUGAUGAUGCAAGAUCACCAACACUGUCCAAUGAAAAAGUUACUUGUCGGUCUUUGUGAUGUAAUUUUUACAGCUUUUACUUUGCUUGUAACUACAGUACAGUACACAGAAAUACAGGUGUGAAAGAGGUAGAUGACUCAACAGUUCUUUGUUUGAAAUAUAGAUGGGACUGAAGAUAAAAAUGAACACAUCUCACUUUCGCUUUUUCUUCUUUUAACAUCGGAGACGACUUAGAGAGGCUGCUCAAAGUAACUGUUUAGCUGAGUUAGAAUGAUUACAUUUAAUGACUUCAAACGGCUAUGUUGAGUUGAAUCCCCUAUACAGUGUUCAUAUAUGUUCAUAUUAUUUUACACUCGUGUUUUGUGUGGUGUGCUAAGGUUCGGGGUUGAUACUGCUCAUCCUUUGUCAGAGCACUUUAAGAGUAUGUACAGGAUAGUCUUUCCAAACUUUAACUGGAAUCAAACAGUGUGUAACAAUGUGAAAUGUUUUUUUGUUUUUUUUUCACAAAUGUAUGAAUAUACAGAACCUAGUUGGAAGCAUUGACUAUCAGUUAUCACUAGUUUAAGUUAAGAAUUGAGAUUUGUUUUUUCUUUGAAUGCUUGAAGGCUGUUUGGAAAUAUAAAAAAUCUGAGCUGUGGAUGUUGUAUUACCAGGCUUUUGUGUGGUGCUUGAAUUUGCUCUGCUGGAUGUGUGUGUUAGUGUUAUACUUUGUAAGAAAAGUUACCAGAUUGUUUUAAGGAUUGUCUUUUAGUUUGCACGUGAGAGGACUUGAAGAAUUUGUGGUUGAAGUUGGAACAAAUCCUUUAAUAAAACAGCACUUGUUGUAGGAUUAUGAUCAAAUGUGUGCUGGUACCAGUGUCAGUGCUAAAAAAGAAAAGCUGUAAUUUCUCACAUACUCAAAGGAAUAGUUCAAAAUUUUGAGAAGUAUUCUAGUUUAGCUUCAUCUAAAGUCACAAUAUACACCUACCAGCACCUCUAAAGCUUAGUAGAAAGCAGAAGUAACUUUGUGGAGCUGAGAAGUUGCCCAGAACAUAAUAAUAAUAUUGAUGAUGUUGAGAUCAGAGAAAAUAGAAAUAUAAAAAUAGAUAUUGGCCUAAUCACAGUAGGUUUGAUAUCUGCUAAUUGGAAAACUUUAUUUUAGAGAACAUAUGCCAGAAAAGAUGCGAGAGGUGAUUUAACAAUGGUGAAAAUACAUCAAUAGAUUAAAUGAACACAAAGAGAAAAUAUGCUUUGUACCAAAUUUAGCUACUAGUUUAUUUCCACUUGUAGUCUCCUGCCCAUGGACAGGUUAACAAACAUCAAAUCCUGGUGACAAAUCCCUUCAUCUCCACUACAAAUGGACCAAAGGAAGACUACAAGAUGAUAUAUUUAAUCGAGUACAGGUCAGGCUCUACUCCUAAGAUUGCAGGACAUGUAAUGUAGCCAUGAUGCUCCUGCUAACAUUGUUAAUGGCUCUUUGUGUAGAAUUUAGUGACAUCUAGUGGUAAAGUUGCAAGUUGUAGCUGAAUACCCCCUCACCUCACCCUCCCCUUCCAAACAUGAAAGAGAACCUGUAGUAGCCUUCAGUUUUCAUAAAAACUCAAAAGGUGUUUAGUUUGUCCAGUUUGGACUACUGUGAAAAACAUGGAGGCCUUGAGAACCUGCUCGGGAUGUAAAUAUAAAGUAUUUAAAUAUAAACGGCCCAUUCUAGGGCAGAGAGCCACAAUUUGUACAAUUUAGAUAAUUACACAUUGUGAAAACAUCACUAGAAUUAUUAUAUAUUCAAUAUCUGCCAAUAGAUCCCUUUCACUUAAAUCUUACACACUGAACCUUUAAAAACGGGUAUAUUAGUUCCCUAACUCUCAGCAGGAGUGGAGAGCGGAUUCCUCUUAAUUUUGAGCUUCACAUUGGCUGUGAAACAGUGAUGUAAUGUCUUAGCAGCUCAGCCACAGACUUUCUAUCUAAACUCCUGACUAACUUGACUUAGACAGACUAGUAUGGAUAUGUGGUGAAGAUUUUAAUGGGACAUUUUCCACUCAGCAUGGCUCAUUUUACGAUACCCGAGUAUAACUGCCAUUGAGAAUACAUGAGUACAGUCUUACACAAAGGUUGAGUUCAAUGUUGAGUUCACUCGGCCAAUCUUUCCUGCAUGAUGUUAAGGGACUGUGAAUGUGGUGUUACCAACAAAAUGAUGUAAAAUAAUCAUAAAACAUUGAUGUAAACAUGUUCUGGUGACAAGAAUUUAAAAAGGAAACAGGGAAUUUAUGAUAUUUUGUCCUUAUUUGGGGGUGUCCAAUUGAGUUAAUCUCCCCACUCAUUAUAAAUUCCUGCAGUAAACUGUGUUAGUAGCUUCACAUCAUGAAUACUGCAGUUUGUUCUACGUUUUGCAUCACAUUUGCUCAACUGAAUCUCACCACAGCCCCCUUAAAAGACAGUAUUCCUAAAGAAAGCCUGGUGCACAUAUCCAAACCAAACCCCUGUGUAGUGAAAUGGAGUAUGUGCACCUGAUGUGGAGGGUUUUAGGCUUUAAUUUAAGACAGGGCUGGUGAAAUAUUUUCAUACUGGGUUAAAGAAACAAGUAUUUAAGGAAGAAGAUAAACGCUGGAUUGUUCGAGCUUAUUUUCUAUAUUGUACUGUAUGAACAUGGUGUACAUAUCUGUGUCCAAUUAAAGUCAAUGCACUUGA